UGCUUGCUCAUUUAUGACUUCUCAAUACAAAAAGCUCCACUCACUUUUUUAAGUUUUGUCUUCUCUAAUCCGUCUUCUUCUUCUUCUAUCUUGCAUGUCUUGCGUCCUUUUAUGAACAUCUCUUGUAAACCCUAGCAAAUCAUACAAGCUCAUGGAUUGCUUUCACCAGGUCAAGAUCGCAAAUCCUUGAUUAGACUUAAGACGUUUCUGAUCAAGCACGAAUAGCAAUGGAUAAAGAUUACUCGGCACCGAACUUCUUAGGUGAAUCUUCAGGCGGAAACGACGAUAACAGCUCCGGUAUGAUAGACUAUAUGUUCAACAGAAACCUUCAACAACAACAAAAGCAAUCGAUGCCACAACAGCAGCAGCAUCAACUGUCUCCUACCGGAUUUGGAGGAACACCUUCUUUUGAUAAAAUGAACUUCGCGGACGUGAUGCAGUUUGCGGACUUCGGUCCAAAACUGGCGUUGAACCAGACCAGGAACCAAGACGAUCAAGAAACCGGGAUUGACCCGGUUUACUUCUUGAAGUUCCCUGUCUUGAACAACAAGACAGAGGACCAUAACCAAACCCAACAUCUCAUGCCUUCUCAUCAAACGUCUCAUGAAGGAGGUGAUUGUGGAGGAAACAUAGGCAACGUGUUUCUUGAAGAAAGAGAGGAUCAAGACGACGACAAUGACAACAACUCCGUGCAACUCCGUUUCAUUGGAGGAGGGGAAGAAGAAGAUAGAGAGAACAAGAAUGUUACGACAAAGGAGGUGAAGAGCAAGCGGAAGAGAGCUAGAACGAGUAAGACCAGCGAAGAAGUGGAAAGCCAACGGAUGACUCAUAUCGCGGUCGAAAGGAACCGUAGGAAGCAAAUGAACGAGCAUCUUCGUGUCCUCAGAUCUCUCAUGCCCGGCUCCUACGUUCAGAGGGGAGACCAAGCGUCGAUCAUAGGAGGAGCAAUAGAGUUUGUAAGAGAACUCGAGCAACUCCUACAGUGUCUGGAAUCACAGAAGCGUCGAAGAAUACUGGGAGAAACAGGUAGGGACAUGACCACGACAACGACUUCUUCUUCUUCCCCCGUAACUGCAGUAGCUAACCAAGCCCAACCGCUCAUCAUUAACGGACAUGUAACCGAGCUAGAGGGCGGAGGAGGGCUUCGGGAGGAGACGGCGGAGAACAAGUCAUGCUUGGCUGACGUGGAGGUGAAGCUUCUAGGGUUUGACGCCAUGAUCAAGAUACUUUCAAGAAGAAGGCCAGGACAACUGAUUAAGACUAUAGCUGCUUUGGAGGAUCUUCAUCUCUCUAUUCUUCACACUAAUAUCACUACCAUGGAACAAACCGUCCUCUACUCCUUUAAUGUCAAGAUUACAAGUGAAACGAGGUUUACGGCAGAAGACAUUGCAAGUUCCAUCCAACAAAUAUUUAGUUUCAUUCAUGCAAAUACCACCAUAUCUGCAAGCUCUAACCUGGGGAAUGCUGUGUAUGCUUGAAAAUAAUCACACGUGACAACUUUCGACACGGAUUUGUUUCGAAUUGAGUGAAGAUUGUCAUAAUAUCUCUACAUAGCUAGUGGUUUUUAUUCUCCAAGCAUUUUGAAGAGUGAUUUAAGUUUAAGGGAGUGCUUUCUUUCUUUCUUUCUCUUUGCUUUUUUUUUUUUUGUUUUUAAUGCAAUUUUUAUGAUGAGUAUUUAGCUUGUAAUGUUAGAACUCGUUUUAUUUACUUGAAA